UCGGAGCCGGGAUGCAGUGACUUUUGAUGAUGUGCAUGUGAGCUUCACUAGGGAAGAGUGGAAUCUGCUCGAUCCUUCCCAGAAAAGUCUCUACAAAGAUGUGAUGUUGGAGACUUACUGGAACCUCACUGUUAUAGGAUACAAUUGGGAAGAUCAUCACAUUGAAGAACAAUGUCAAAGAUUGAAACAUCAUGUAAGGCAUGUAAAAAGUCAAAGUGGAGAAAAGCCAUAUAAAAAUAAGCAAUGUGGUAAAGCCUUUGCAAUACCCAGUCAUCUCCAAAGACAUAAAAGCAUACAUACUGGAGAGAAGCCUUAUGAAUGUAAUCAAUGUGGUAAAGCCUAUUCAUGUCGGAGUAGUCUCCAAUAUCAUAAACGAACACACACUGGAGAGAAGCCUUAUGAAUGUAAUCAAUGUGAUAAAGCCUUUUCACCUCAGAGUCGUCUCCAGUGUCAUAAACGAACACAUACUGGAGAGUAG